UAUUAGUUGUAUCUUUGAUUUGUUUUAUCAUUCAUAUUAUUAUUAAAUAAAAGACAACUGGAGUUGUUAAAAUAGUUAAUUCUGAAAAUGGGUAAUUUUAUAUUUCUUUAUAGAGAUAUAGUGCAAGAAAAACAUUUACUAGCAUUAAUUAUAUAUUAUUAUUUUUUUCCAAGAACUUUUCUAUAAAUAAUUAGCAUCUAUUCUGAAUUAUUAUCAAACUAAGAGUUUCACCGGCGAAAAAAAACGAUGACAGACUCGAUCGUUAGAUCUUAUAUUAGGUCACAGAUGCCGCGUAGGCGAUGGACCGACGAUCUUGACUGCCGAUUUGUUCAAGUUGUUGAGUACCUUGGUGGCGAAAGGAGUGCAACUCCGAAGAAAAUUUUGAGGUAUAUGGGUGUGAGCGACCUCACAAUGUCACAAGUGAAAAGCCAUCUCCAGAUGUAUAGGAAUAAGAAGGAAGCAAAUUCUAUACAAGAAAGGAGAAUGAUAAGGCAAAUGAAGCUGAGACAAUCUCAACAAUACCUUCAGAUCUAUGAACGUGCUCGAAAUGUUACUCAAGAUUUCCAAAAUCAUCAAAGGGUACAAUUGGAUAUUACUGAGAAGGUAACCCCAAUUUUGGAACCAAGUAACAAACCUAUGGAAGUAUCUUGCAAGUCUCUCUAUCAAUCAUCAAGGGUGGGACUAAAUGAAAACAGAGACAAUGAUGUUGUUGUGGUUGAUGAUGUUGCAAUUGGUGAAGAAGGAUUGUCCUUUGAACUCACUCUUGGUCGCAAGUACUAAAAGGACUUUGGCUUCUAUAUAUCUUUUUAGUUUGCUCUCUAUUUUAUGUAUUGCUUAUCCCAUAUAUAUAAUGGGUUACAAAAAAAUAAAAACCAAACAAUAUAUUAUGGUA